CGUCAAAAUGCAAUUAAAUAUCCUCAUUUUCUCCUUCCUCGCCGCCAUCGCAAUAGCAGAUGACAAUCUCGGUGAGAUCGUCGACGACUUCCCAGACUGUGCCCUACCCUGCUUUUCCAACAGUGUCAACGACAACGAUUGUAAGAUAACCGACUUCGAAUGUAUAUGUGGAAAGCAGGUCGAUAUCAACAUCAGGAUGGGCGGUUGUCUUUCUGACUACUGCUCUAACAAGUCUGACCUAAGUACGUGCUCUGUUUUCUGGCUCGAUGAAUACGUUUAGUCCACCGGUUCCCAUUCUAACAUGUGACUAAGACGUCGG